AUGUGGCUUUCUGAGGGGGUGAGGGGAGAGGUUCGGGCGCUCAAUUUGAGCCCAGUCUCUUUGCACCUGGGCCAACAAUCCCACGAUCGCCACCUCUUUCAAAACCACAUGAACCCUAGCUGGCAUAGCGGCAGGUGUAGAGUCACCAAUGAGCAGGACCUUGUUUCAGAUCCCUACCAAAGUUUCGACCCCCCGGCUGAGUCUAGAGGAGUGGCAUCGGGGGGCAGGACGUCCGGCAGCAAGGUGGGAGAUGAUGCCAACGGCAAUUGGUGUUUGGCUACAGUUGCGCGGCUCGUCCGCUAUUUCAGGGCGGCCAGAGAAAGGCUUCGACAAACAGCCAGCAACCCGUACCUGAAGAGAACGAUCCCGGAGGUAACUCUUCAACCACAUCAAGAGGCAUCCGCCGAGUCCAAUAGCUUCGAGCUUGGCCACCAGGUGUUCAUGGCUUACACGAUCAAAAGCUUUGGAGAAUUCUGGGAACCUCUAGGACGCUUGGAGGUGCGACUGGACGCCGGAUUGUACGAUCUCUUCCGUGGUCUCCGGUCUCUUCUGUUGGCCACUCACUGGCACACGUUCACCCUCAUGUACACCGGACUCCCACUAAGGAGAGAUGCUGCCGAUAUUCUGCGGUCUCCACCUCUUCUUCCCAGGUUUAUUCCCCUAAGAGAAGACGCUGCGAGGCAUGCGAUAUUCAGGCUACUUUCAGACGUCUCGCACUCCACCAAGGGCGUCGUCCUGCUGAUGAUGGACGGUCAUACCACCAAACGAGUCAUGGACGAGGCCCAGAAGUUGAACAUGGUGUUGGGGAACUUUGUCUGGCUGUGGAUUGAUACGACUGCGACCAUCUCGGCGCAUAACGAUUCUAAGCUCAGCAUCUUCUACCCAGAGGACACUUCGCGAAGCAAGGAUCGCAGAGCCCGGGAAAGUGGUGACAAUGACCAUCCCUACGACCGGUGUAGAUUAUAUAAGCUAUAUUUUUAA